AUGGUUGCACAACUAGAAAAUACAAAUCAGUGCCACUGGAUGAUCCAGAUUUACCCGCUGCUUCUCCUGCAGGACUGUGGUUUCCGCUUCCUGGCUCUGGGGCUCAGGUACCUUGACGAGGACUUAACAGAUGGCUUGUAUGACGAAAGCCUCAGUGCUGAGCAACUUCAGAAACUCCUUUACUUGCUUGAGUCAACUGAGGAUCCUGCAAUUAUUGAAAGAGCUCUGGUCACUCUGGGCAACAAUGCAGCUUUUUCAGCUAACCAAAUCGUAAUUCGUGAAUUGGGUGGUAUUCCAAUUGUCGGGAACAUGAUCAACAGUCACAACUACAGUAUUAAAGAGAAAGCGUUAAAUGCACUAAAUAACUUGAGUGUGAAUGUUGAAAAUCAGGAAAUAAUAAAGGUCUACGUCAAUCAAGUCUGUGAGGAUGUCGUCUUCUCAGGCCCCCUGAACUCUGCUGUGCAGAUGGCUGGACUGAGAUUGUUAACAAACAUGACCGUGACCAAUGACCACCAGCAUAUGCUUAAUGGUUACAUUACAGACUUCUUUCAAAUGUUACUUGCUGGAAAUGGCAGCACCAAGGUUCAAGUUUUGAAACUGCUUUUGAAUUUGUCUGAAAACCCCGCCAUGGCAGAAAGACUGUUCAGUGCUCAAGUGGAUUCAUCAUUCCUUUCCCUUUAUGAUGGCCACGUGGCAAAGGAGAUUCUUCUGCGAGUACUCACACUGUUUCAAAACUUAAAUGACUGCGUUAAAAUGGAUGGUCAUUUAGUUAAGUCUGCUUUCAACUUUCAUAAAGGUUCGUUGUAUUCCCUAUUAUAUGGACAAGAAUGUGCUCAGAAAAUGAGAGCUCUAGUUCAUCACCCUGACGUGGAUGUGAAGGAAAAAGUUGUAAUAAUUACGUAA